AUUCAGUCUGUUCAAGUUGCAAUCGAAGUCUACACGAACUUCCGGAAUCAUUAAUCGUUUUAGUUUUUGCGUUUUCUUAUCAGAAGGCGCAUGCAUCUGUUGCAUACGACGCGUUUCAAGUUAUAAUUCAUGUUUUUGUAGGGAUUUUCCGAUAGCAUACAUUGCUGGUAACAUUGGCCACAUCACGCCAAGGUUAGUCCAGGAUAUGGAGUCUACUGCGAGAAACAUACUAAUCCUUCUCGCGCUUUGGAUCUCAUGUGUAAAUGGUGAUAGCCGAUACCUUGUAAAAGAACACGCUGAUGGAAAAGAAUAUUUUGGGAAAAAUUUUACUGUGAUGGAAGGCGAGAGCGUCAUACUUUCUUGUGGAUCGAGAUUGCAAAAGGGUAGUUUAGGCAAGUCAUGGUUCGCAUCUAUUGAAGAAAGAAAAAUUGCUGGUACAAUGUACAGGCAAUUGGACAUCAUUAAGGGACGUUUUGGACAAAGAGCGGUCCUCAUACGUGGUGGGCGAUAUUACAGCGGUCGACCAGAAAGAAUUGACCAAACGUUCGACAUCAAGUUACACAACAUAAGUAGAUACAUAGCUGGGCGAUACAAAUGUAUUGUAGUAUCGUUGAUAAGCAAAAGAGCGACUUACGCAGAAUCGACGGACCACAUUAUCACUGUCAAAUCAAAACCAAAGAUUGAGUCAAAAAAGGAAGCCAACAUCAAAAUAAAGGCUCGUGAAAAACUAAACAUGGAUUGUAUUUCAUCUGGAUUUCCAAAACCUUUGAUCACGUGGCGUCGAGUGGAUGGUCGGCCGUUGCCUGCCAGAAAACUUACGCAUUCAACUGGCUUGUUAUCCAUAUCUGAUGUCGGACAGCAAGAUCGGGGAGAUUACGAGUGCACUUCAACUAAUAUAUAUGGCCGUGAUACUAAAAUAUAUUCUGUUGAUAUGACAGUUCCUCCACGAUUCAUAUCAAAUGGCGACUCGUUUGCGACUGUUGGAAAAGAUGGAGUCGUUGCUUGUGUAGCUGUUGGUCUUCCAAGGCCAAAAUUUUCAUGGAGAUGGAUUGACGACAAGGGCUAUGAGCAAAGGCUGUCGAGUGCAGAGGGUUUAGUAGGAAGAUAUCAAGUGAAAACGAAGCAUUACUUUGAAAAUAGCACGAGUUUUUUUAUGAUAAAGGACGUUGAAAAAGAAGAUCUACGUUCUUACAGUUGCAUGCUAGGCAAAGACGACAAACCACAAAAAAUAAAUUUGCGUUGUUACACUAGACCAUCUGCUCCCAUAAUCCAGACAGUGGUUUCGUACAGAAGAAAGAUUACUUUGAGCUGGAAACUAGCUGAGAAUAACGGUGGAAAGCCCGUAACGUCAAUGACAAUUCAAUAUAAGCCAUACAACACUACAAGUCAGUUUCAAAAGAUACCUAUACUUAUUGAAAAGCGCCCUGUCUACACAAUAACCGGCUUACGACCAAACACAGAAUACCAUAUACAGUUGAUCGCUGUGAAUGAAAUCGGCCCGAGUGAUCCAAGUGUUACAGUAAUAAAGACAACUGGCUUAGCUUCACCUUCAACCGGCAAGGGUAAGGCCAAAGAAACGGAUAGAAUUGUGUUGUAUGCUGGCGUGGCAGGAGGGUUUCUCGUGCUUAUUAUUGCCAUUAUCGUCGUGUGUAUAUUUAUGAGGCAAAUACAACGAAACAGCGCUAAAAAAGCGGCUGAAAAUGCCCAGCGUUUGGUAGGAAAGAGUGAAACUGAUGACACCACGGCAUUGAUAAACUUCUUGCAGAAAGGUGACCGUCUAUCGACUAACACUGGGUCAGGUACUGGGGUUGUUCUUCAUUUGACUACUUCAAAUAAAUGGGAAUCAAGAGAGAGACUUGUGCUACAAAAUGUACUUGGCUCCGGUGCUUUCGGUAUUGUCAUGAAAGCUGAAGCAGAAGGAAUUAGCGGCUAUAACUCUGGUAGCACGCCCGUUGCUGUAAAAUUUGUUAAAGAAAAUGAAAGUGCAUCUUCGAAAAAAGACCUCAUUGCUGAACUGGAGUUGUUGAAGCUGAUUGAACCUCAAAAUGUUAUCAAUUUGAUGGGCUGCUGUACAAAAUCAGAACCGUUGAUGGUCAUUGUCGAAUUUUGUGCCUAUGGUGACCUUCAAAGCUUUCUUCGAGCUAGUCGUGGUGUAAGAGAUCAGUAUUACUUGGAUUGUUAUAAGCGUCCGUCAUCAAGAUUGACUUCGAAUGAGUUGCUCAUGUUUGGUACUCAGAUUGCCAGAGGAAUGGCGCACCUCGCAAAUUUAAAGGUUAUCCACAGAGAUUUGGCGGCAAGAAAUAUAUUGGUUGAUGAAAACAAAAUUUGCAAAGUUUCAGACUUUGGAUUCGCACGAGACAUAUACGUCGAAGAUCAUUAUACUCGUAAAACAGCGGGUGGACGAUUCCCUAUCAAAUGGAUGGCUAUUGAAUCCUUAUUAGAUGGAAUUUCGACAACAAAGAGCGAUGUAUGGUCUUUUGCUAUCGUGUUAUGGGAAAUCAUUACUCUCGGUGCAUCUCCUUAUCCUGGUAUGAACUCGCAAGAAGUUGUCAGCUUUUUACAGAAUGGAAUGAGAAUGGACAAACCCAAGCAUUGCAGUGACGAAUUGUAUAACCUUUUGAUGGAUUGCUGGCAUAUCGCACCUCAUCGUAGACCAAACUUUGAAAUGCUCGCCCGUUACUUGGACCGAAUGUGUAACGACGAUUUUGAAUACAUCAACAUGAGAACAUACGAUGAUCAUUUAUACAUCAAUUUUGAUGGCAAUACUGUGUCAGAGGGAAGUAAAAGCGGAUCUUUAACAAAGCAAAAUGAUUAUAUAAAGGAUGGUGAGAAUGAGAAAGAGGCUUUAAUGAAAGAUAAUUUGUCAUAAAGUAGUCUUUUAGUUUCAUAAAUCAACUUAUUCGUCGUCGGUAACGAAAAUUAUGCAAAUUUUCUGUUUAAUUACUCCAAUGACGAAACUGAAACUAGGAAUUUAGAUGUCGGCCCCGUGAUCAGGUGUACAAUUAGCGAAGAGAAGUUGUAUCAAGAAACAUUCUACGUUCUGAGGGCCCGAUGAUUUUAAACAAGCACUUCUUAAUUUCUAUUUUAUAAAUUAGCACAACUGCAUUGAUCUUAAGAUAAUUUUAUGUAACCAGUCCACUUACACUGUUUACUUCCACGCGGAAUUGCUUUUAGGAGGUAUGGGUCGGGACGGAAAGGGCAUAUUGUGCACUCUGUUGUUCACAUCAAUUAAUUCAAAUGCCCAUAAGCUUUGGGGUUAGCGCAAAUAUCUCUUGCCAGAAGAUAAGAUUCGAUAUGGCACGUCAUUUUACAAAUAUUAAUACUACCAUUGAAACCACUGUGAAAAUUAUAAGUUUUUAAAUGCGUUAUUCAAUUGAUAUGUUCAUCCCCCAACUAUCAGCCAUAGUUAUUUAAUGGAAUUUUUUAGCUUUUAAUGAAUGAAUAUGUUCGGCAUGUAUGCAAAGUAUUUUUCUAUUUUUGUAAUAUAAUGAUUUUUUACCCAAUAAAUUUUUAUAUUUUA